AAAACCACCUUCUUCCUUCAAAGAAAGACCUAACCCUUCAAAAGCCCCAACGCGACGAUGCCACUCCGUUAUGCCUCGCCGUAAACCUAACCCUUCUUCAUUGUGCCUCGCCCUCACCGCGACGACGACACUCCGACGACAUUCGGACGACACUCCGUGCAGAACGUCGCUGUGCUCGCAAUCCCUAACCCUCAUUCUGCGGUGACUCCCUCCGCUCACUUGCCGUCGCAAACCCGCCGUCGAUGCUCCCUCCGCCGCCGCUCCCUUCCGUCGCUGCAAACCCUAACCCCUCAAGCCAGCAGGUAGCAGCGUCUUCAUCCCCUGCGCCAUCGCGUCAAGCCCCUUCGCCCUCCAUCGUCGAGGCCCGUCCAGCCGUCGUCAUCCAGCGCCUCUCACUUUCUGGCAGCCACCACGUCUUCCUCCACUCCUCCCUGCACUCUGCCACUCUCUGUCUGCAUCAUCAAGAAUGGAGCCUCUAACUCAGGGGGAAGAGUACAAGGUAAUUUGGCCGGAUCAUCCAGAGUUUGUGCGUAUGGCGGCGCGAUUUGGCACUACAAUCGUGCCAUUUGGUACUGUGGGCGAAGAUGAUAUAGCUGAUAUACUUCUUGACUUCAAUGACUUAGCGAAGAUCCCUUAUUUCAUAGAGUAUGUCAGAGAAUUGCAGCGAGGCUUGGUAAAGUUCAAAGAUGAGAUAAGUGGUGAGGUAGCAAGCAGAGAUAUAGCUCCACCAUUGAUUCUUCCAAAAUUGCCUGGAAGAUUCUACUAUCUAUUUGGGAAGCCAAUAAGCACAAAAGGGAUGGAGAACAUGCUUAAAGACAGAGAAGCUGCCAACAAACUAUGA